AUGGACCCUGCGACGGCCGCGCAGGUGAGCGAGGCGGUGGCGGAGAAGAUGCUCCAGUACCGGCGAGACAAGUCAGGCUGGAAGAUUUGCCGGGAAGGCAACGGAGUUUCAGUUUCCUGGAGGCCAUCUGUGGAGUUUCCAGGGAACCUGUACAAAGGAGAAGGCAUUGUGAACGGGACACCAGAGCAAGUGUGGGACUGCGUGAAGCCACUUGCUGGGACUUUACGAGCUCAGUGGGAUGAGAAUGUGAACAGUUUUGAAAUUAUUGAAAGCCUCACUGAUACCCUGCUCUUCAGCAGAACCACUACCCCCUCGGCCGUCAUGAAGCUUAUUUCCCCCAGAGACUUCGUGGACCUGGUGCUGGUCAGGACGUACGAGGACGGCACUAUCAGUUCCAAUGCUGCCAAUGUGGAGCAUCCAUCUUGUCCCCCGAAUCCAGGUUACGUGAGAGGAUUUAACUAUCCCUGUGGUUGUUUCUGUGAACCUCUGCCAGGGGAGCCAAACAAAACCAGCCUGGUCACGUUCUUCCAGACUGACCUCAGUGGUUACCUCCCACAGGGCGUGGUGGACUCCUUCUUCCCCCGCAGCAUGGCUGGGUUCUAUGCCAACCUUGAGAAAGCAGUGAAGAAAUUCUUUGGUUGACAGUCUGGCUGGUUGGCUGAGAACCGCAGUGGCUCGUGCAGAAGGGCAGUUGUUGGGACACCCCUGGAGAGCCCGGGAGCCCAUGGGCUCCUUUGGAAGAUACCAAUGGAAAGUUUGUCUCCAGGGGCAGCCCUGGGUCCCCUGCUCCUCCAUCUACUUGGGUGGGGCUGUUGUCAUCCAAGCACACUUUCUCUGGCAGGUGCAUAAGAGCCCCCGACCACCAGAUGGGGCCCCUCCCUGGGCACCAUGGAACACACUAGUGUCCAAAGCCUUCCUCUGCUGGUCACUCUCAGAGAUCCCCCAAAACCUGGCUCAGCCCCUUUGUUGUAUCUGACCUCUCAGUCCUGUACCACAGACCCCUGGAUGUAUGGUGCUGUGCCAGC